AUGGGCGCCAGGUGGAAGGGAACUGAUGUUAAGUUCUUGCAUCGACAGCUGUGUCACUCUCAAUGUUCAAGCUCAAGGGCAACGAGAAGGUCAUCGAAAGGGGAGGGUUGUCGCGUCGGAUUGGUCAGUCGUGGAAGGUCGGAAACAACGUUUUGCGCAUCGGAACGUCCAUAA